UUUGCCACAAUAACAUGAAGCACUUUUGUUUUCUGGUUGUUCUCGUCGUCCCUUUGCAGCUGUCGCUUGCAGCAGCUCAAGAAACGAACGAUGUUCCUGACAGCUUCAAGAUCUUCGAAAACUUCCCAUUCGCUGUCGCAGUCUCCGACCAGAAUAACGACACCAUAUACGAAUGCCUGACAGCGAAGAGAAUGUGGAUAACACCAGAGGAAAAGAAAGGAGAAUACAUUUGGUUCUUUGGCGCACAUGGCGGCAAAUCAAAACGAACGGUUAGCUUCUACGUAUUCGAAGGAAACAGCCCUGACACAUUCCGCUUCACAGUAGAAACAGACGACGGACCCUCAAACGAGGCGAAGUUCUACUACACCGAUUACGACAACUGUGCUAUCCUCGACAUUCCUUACAGCGGACGCCAUUGCACCCUGUGGACGAAAGAAACAGCCAAAGAUGCGGUGCCCCAAAAAUGCUUAGAUGAGUUCAUGAAGAAUUGUGGCGUCGGCGCCCCACUUUACAAAGAUGACCUUUGCAGUGGUGAUGAAGUCGCCGAAUGGUGAUGAAGAAGAGGACGCGACUUAUUUCCACCAGGCUGAGAAGUACAAAUCUUUGAUUUUCCCUUCAACACCUUGAGCGGAGGCACAAAUGCAAAUGUGUAAUAAACGUAGAAAAACA